AUGGACUCUGAACCCGAUCAAAAGUCUCUCGAGCAUUUGGGCAUCGAGUUAGUUUCCCAAAAUGCUCUAGAAAAUCAGAUUGAGACUAGCGCACAGACCGCUAUAGACCAGCAAGCUUUAGAUCAGGAACUUAAAAGAUUGGAAAGAACCCAGAAUGCUCUGGGAAAAGUGCUAAAAAAGCGUGAACUCUUGAAGCGCAAAAUCAAUAAUGCAACUAGAAUCAGCGUCCGUAAAACUCUACAGACAAAGCUGCAAACUUUGAAUGAUGAGGAACUCAAACCAGUGCAAGAUGAUUUGAAAGACAUUAAAAGUCGUGUCGCUACUUUAUCCGUGGAAAAAAGUCGAACGGUAGCCGAAGAUGACCCCACCGCUAGACAGCCUGGAGAGUCCGAGGAAGACUUCCAGGUCCGAAUCGGUCAAAAAACGGCGUUUGGUACCAAGUUGGAGUUCACGAUGGAAGAUAAUGAGGGUCCUGAUAGUUUCAGCGAAGAUAAUGAAAUUGAUGAUGUUGAGUCCUAUUCCGACGAUGUCGCCGCGGACGCUAUGUCAGGAUCGGACGAGGAGACUAUCAUAGAACCGGGUUCUAAAAAAGCUGCGUCUAUAAUCGAUGACGGGGACGAACUGAACUACCAGCGAAGAUUGAAAAGGUGGUUCAAUGGAAGAAAUAAGCUUGGAUAUAAUAAUCGAGACACAGCGUCUGAAGAAUAUCUGCGAACGCAUCCAGACUUCCCGGACGCAAAACUAAACAACGAUUUGAAGAUUCCCGGGGAGAUUUUCAAUUCGUUGUUCAAUUAUCAAAAAACAUGCGUACAAUGGCUAUAUGAGCUCUAUCAGCAGCAGUGUGGUGGCAUAAUCGGUGACGAAAUGGGAUUGGGAAAGACAAUUCAAGUGAUAGCAUUUUUAGCUUCCUUGCACCACUCAAAUAUGCUAGAUGGACCUAUAAUUGUGGUUUGUCCUGCAACAGUACUACGACAGUGGUGUAAAGAACUUCAUACUUGGUGGCCACCUUUCCGAGCUGUCAUAUUACAUUCCAUUGGCUCUGGGAUGACACAGAAAGAAACCCUCACUGAAGCCGAACUUGAAGAGCUUUUCAUCAACUCAAACCCUGAUGAAAUCUCAUUCGAUGCGUACAAUGAGGGCAAGAAAAUCAAAAGCACUCUGGAAAGUGGCAAGGUGCGUGACGCACUCAUCAACAAGGUGGUAACCAAGGGUCAUGUUCUCAUUACUACCUACGUGGGUCUUAGGGUUCACGCUGAGAAGCUUCUCAACGUUAAGUGGAGUUACGCUGUUCUGGACGAGGGCCAUAAGAUUAGGAAUCCUGACGCUGAUAUAUCACUUACAUGCAAGCAACUGAAAACUAAAAACAGGAUUAUUUUAUCCGGUACGCCAAUUCAAAAUAAUCUCACAGAACUUUGGAGUCUGUUCGAUUUCAUUUAUCCCGGAAGGCUAGGGACACUUCCAGUAUUUCAACAGCAAUUUGCUAAUCCCAUCAACAUGGGUGGUUAUGCCAACGCAACUAAUGUUCAGGUUCAAACUGGUCACAAAUGCGCGGUUGCGCUGCGAAACCUCAUUUCCCCUUACCUGUUGAGGAGAGUAAAGGCUGAUGUUGCAAAAGACUUGCCACAGAAAAACGAAAUGGUUCUCUUCUGCAAAUUGACCAAAUUCCAGCGUGACAAGUACGUCCAAUUCCUCAAUUCAGAAGACCUGGUUAAAAUCAGAAACGGAAAGCGUCAAGUUUUGUACGGCAUCGACAUCUUGAGAAAGAUUUGCAACCACCCCGAUAUGCUUGUCAGAAAUGAAAAGCAGCAUGAGCUUUCUUAUGGAGACCCGAGAAGGUCGGGAAAAAUGCAAGUGGUCAAGCAGUUGCUCAAAUUAUGGCAUGCUCAAAAACACAAGACUUUACUGUUCGCCCAAACACGUCAAAUGCUGGAUAUACUAGAAAAGUUUCUAUCAACGGAUAGUGAAUUAUCGGACUUGACUUUUCUAAGAAUGGAUGGUGGUACAAAUAUCUCAUCCAGGCAAUCUCUUGUGGACACGUUCAACGAUGGACCAUAUGAUGUUUUCCUGCUGACUACGAGAGUCGGGGGUCUUGGCGUAAACCUGACGGGUGCUAACAGAAUCAUUAUAUUUGAUCCUGACUGGAAUCCUUCUACGGAUAUGCAAGCUCGGGAAAGGGCGUGGAGAAUAGGCCAAAAACGAGAGGUUUCAAUCUACCGUCUAAUGAUUGCGGGUUCAAUCGAAGAGAAGAUCUAUCAUCGACAAAUCUUCAAACAGUUUUUGACUAACAAGGUAUUAACGGAUCCUAAACAGAAACGUUUCUUCAAGAUGAACGAACUGCAAGAUCUUUUUGUUCUGGGAGGAGACUCCGGGCUUUCUAACGAAAAUCUUGAAAGCGAAGUACAAAAAGAGACUGAGAAGCUGAAGAAGUCCAAGACUGAUGAGGGUGACGACUUUGAUGAAGUGGUUCAACUAUCUGGAGUCUCUAAGUUGGAAGGCUUUUUCAGCGCUAAAGACAAAAUCCAAGAAAGUAAAAACGAAGACGAUCGCCUCAUGGACGCACUUUGUGGGGGAGAUAUAAAGGAGGCGAAAAGCCACGACUCGGUGGUCAAUUUCCAUUCCAAACCCUCCGAAGAUAUAAUCACCAGAGAGGCUACAAAAGUAGCAAAAGAUGCGGUCGCUGCUUUACAAAAGUCAAGACAGGCUACUAAAAAAUAUGAAGUGGGCACGCCUACAUGGACCGGUAAAUUUGGAACGGCAGGUAGAAUUAAAAAGAAGAAGACUACUGGGAAUUCGUUGGGCUCAGCUGCUAUCUUAUCAAACCUUAAAAAAAGUAAGCCAAAGGACGAAACGGCUUUCACAAAUGAGAGGCAGAAGACGGCGGCUCAAACUGUCGAAAGAAUCAGGCUGUUUCUUCUCAAGAAGCACGGCUUUGCUGCAAAGUCAUCUGAGAUCAUCGAGCAUAUCGGCGUCAAACUGACGGAAAAAGAGGACAUAAUAAAAAUUCGAGCUUUGUUAAAACAGAUUGCCACAUUCCAACCAACGGAUGGCCAGUGGGUUCUAAAGGAAGAGUUUGAAUCGUCAGUGUAG